AUGGCGGAUGUUGUGCUGUUCGAGUUCCUGCACGCGGAGAUGGUGGCAGAGCUGGGGGCUCGCGACACCGACCCCGGCCCUGGGGGACAGAAGAGGAGCCUGUCGGUCCUGGAGGGCACAGGCUUCCGUGUGGGCCAGGCUCUGGGCGAGAGGCUGCCCCGGGAGACCUUCAGGGAGGAGCUGGAUGUCCUAAAGUUCCUGUGCAGAGACCUGUGGGUGGCCGUGUUCCAAAAGCAGAUGGACGGCCUCUGCACCAACCACCAGGGGACCUACAUCCUGCAGGACAACAGCUUCCCUCUCCUCAUCCCGAUGGCCUUGGGCCUGCAGUACCUGGAGGAUGCACCCAAGGUAAGUUCCAGGUGGAGAUCCGGAAAUCCUGAGGGGCCCCUGCCAGCGCCCCACAGCUGCCCACAGCUGCCUGGCCUUCGCCCCCUGCCAGGAGGCAGCAGCCGGCUUGGCCCAGGCCCCGAGCCACUGUCUUUGGGGCUGGAGGUGGGGACACCAGGCUCUGGAGUCACACGUGCUCAAUAAGUGGGUACCAAGGGUCGGGGGGGGGUUGUCACAGGAGACAAUAAAGGUUCUGUGUGUGGAAUCAAA